CUUGAACCCCAGACCCACCAGAGAGCAGGACUGCGGUCCAACCCACUGCGCCACCGCACCCCCGUACAUGUCUUAACAGAUAGAGUAUUAACAUUUUUCUACUGUAUUUUUUUUUUUCUCCUACUCAUUAAGAGGAUAAAACGGCAGCAGAACGUGACACGGGGGCUAUUUUUUCACUGCAGCACAAUGAAAAACACUGAUAACACGUCAGACUGGUUUGUAAACCCGCAGGAUCUGGGAGGGGCCCGAAAAGCCUUAUAAAAAGAGAGCCGCAGACUCACGCUUACUAGAAUAUAAGGUUUCGCUGCAGAGCCACACAGUGAAAACACACGGUGGAAAAGCUCGGUGCUCCACGUAACUCAGGUACCUAGAAAACUCUCGACUUUCCGCAGGUGCCGUUUGCUGUGAUGAAAUGUCUCUCUUCGGUUGUUCCUGCGCAUCCACACUUCGUUAGUGGAUAUUUACCACAAUCACACCGUUUUAAAAACGGUGACAGAUCCUGGGUCUCACGUUUGAAUGGCCUGGUCACAGAGCUUCCUUUCUACGGAACAGUUCCUGUGUUCCAUUUGCCUGGACAUCUUCAUCAACCCGAUAUCCAUCCCAUGUGGCCACAGUUUCUGCAUGGCCUGCAUCAGCAGAUACUGGGAUGAAUGCAAGACCUGUCAGUGUCCGAUGUGCAAGGAGACCUUCAGGAUGAGACCGGAUCUCCACAUCAACCGCACCCUGAGAGAGAUCACAGAGCAGUUCAAAGGCAUGGCGGGCAUCGGUAUUCGAAACUGCAGGCGCACAUCCAAUGAGAGUCUCCCCGGUCGAGAUGAGCUGCCCGGCGAAAUCUUUGCAAACAUGACCUCCCUGAAGAUCCCUUCCCGCAUCCAGGACAGGAGCAGACAUCCCACGGCGGCCCCACAGCCUAAAGUCACAGCUCAGACCUCAACCUCAACCCCAGCGUCAAGUUCUAAAUUGAUGCUCAGGAGGUUCACUUUGGGUGGACAAGUCGAGAACCUCCCUUUGUGCCAGAAACAGCAAUGGAGCCAAGAGUUUUUCUGCAAGACUGACCAAGUUUGCACCUCUGAUAAGUGCGGGGACAAGGACCACCCAGAGCACGAUGUCGUGCUGGCUGACAGGAAACAGCUAGUUGAUUCGUCUCUGCUGGGCACCGCAGAAAAAGAGAUCCAGGAGAUGAUUCAAGAACGUGUGAAGAAAGUGGAGGAACUCAGAACAUCACUGGUAGAAAUCCAAAUAUCUGCAGAGUCAGAGGUCAGGGGCAGUGUAGGUGUCUUCACUGCCUUGGUGAGCUCCAUUGAAAGGAGGCAGGCUGAGCUGUUAGAGAUCAUUGAGACAAACCGCCAGGCAGCUGAGAGGCAGGCAGUGAAGCUCAUCCAGGAACUGGAGGAGGAGAUUGAGGAACUGAGACAGAGAAGCAGCUCUCUCACACAUCUCCUGCAGUCUGAAGACAAAGACUUCCUCCACAAGAUGAAGGACUGGUCCAGCAUCUCAGUGAACCCUGACCUCUGCAUUGGGAGGAUCCACAACACUGUUUCACAGCUGGUGAUGCAAUUUGAAGAGGAACUGAAGAGGGUCCCUGAGAGAAGCAUACGGACCUCAGAAGACUUCACUCCAUUGAGAUCACAGCCAAGGGUAAAGAAGAUACACGAAUAUGCAGAGGUCACCCUGGACUCCAACACAGCCCACCCCAGACUCAUCCUGUCCACAGACAGGAAGCAGGUGAAGUGUGGAGACAAACACCAGGCUGUCCCUGACAACCCGAAGAGAUUCGACCGGGUCUUCUGUGUCCUUGGCCAAGAGGGUUUCACAUCAGGGAGGCACUAUUGGGAGGUGGAGGUCAAGGGUAAAACUGAGUGGGACCUGGGUGUGGCCAGACACUCUGCGAAAAGGAAAGGCAAAAUCACAGUGAACCCCAGCCGAGGUUACUGGUUCCUAAGUCUUAGGGAUAAAAGUAACUUUAGCUGUCAAGACGAGACAUCCCUCAGCUGCAAUGAAAAGCCGCAGAAAAUCGGUGUGUUUUUGGACUAUGACAAGGGGCAGGUCUCUUUUUUUAAUGUGGACGCUAAGUUACACAUUUACACUUUCCAUGAUACUUUCACUGAAUCCAUCUACCCCUUCUUUUGCCCCUGUAGCAAUAAAUCAGGAAGAAAUGAUUCCCCCCUUAUCAUAACACCUGUUAUAAUACCAAAAUGAAUUUGUACCAAUGAAAGAAGUAAAUGACAUGUACUUCGCAGAUUCAUGAUGAUAUGUAAGAACACGUAUACUAUAAUUCCUCAUAACUCACUUUGAAUGAAAAAGUUUGUAGAUUGGUACUGGAUUUUAAAAAUAAAACCUCAAAGGCAUAGAUCAGGUUUUCACGCAAAUUGUAAAGAAUAUAGAGUACAUAUACUAAAACCAUGUAUAUCAGCACAAAAUACAAUGUAAUUAUGU